GGUUAUACAGGGGAGGAGAGCCUACUCAGGCACUUAGGCUGCAACAGGUGCUGUUGGUCUGAGAAUAUGGUCUAAAAGAUAGAUUGGUCAUGGGUAUAUCAACUGAGCUAUAUCGUUGUCGGAUAGGAUCCUUCAGUGGUGGAAGUGCAGCUGCAACUUUCAGCAAACUAUGCGUGAGAAAAACUGGUUCAAGGAAAACAGGAAGUUCAGUGUUGCUUCCUGCUGCUCUUUUGAUACUAUUGCUGUUGGCAUCUGGCAUUGAGCCCAACCCAGGACCCAAGUCUUUCUCAUGUCAGCUGUGCUCCCGUCAGUACUCAACACCAAGGUCGCUGCAGAGUCAUGUAUCAAGGGACCACCAAAAUCAACAUCGUGCUGCUGCUAUUUCCAAUGCUGUGACAAUGAAGUGUCCAAUUGCAUCUUGUGGAAUUGUAAUAACUAGCAGGGAACAGUACUUAGAGCACAUGCCUACUCACAUGAGAGAAGGCAUCACAUUUUCCUGUAUUUACCCCAAGUGUAGUACACCUGUGAGGACACUUCAAUCUUUCCGCUCUCAUGUCUCCCUAUCACAUCCCCGAAAAAAAAUGGAGCCUCAAGUUGAAAUUGAAGAAGAACCAGCAAGUUCUGAAUGUGAAGCUUCAAGUUCUCAUCAAGGAAGACAGUCUUCUUCACCAAGUUUUCUUAAUCACAAUCAGGAAAGUUUGUCUUCACGUGUCCCUCAAGAUAAUAGUAAUCAAGCCCAAGGUAGUCAGCCAGAGAAUACUACUACAGCUAAUGAAAGUGAUAACCAAGAGAAUUUAUUUCCAGAGUAUGCUGCAAAAGAUCAGCUUGCUAAAUUUUAUCUCAAAUUGGAGGCAGUUCACUUUUUACCAUCUUCUACUGUCCAAAUCAUUGCAAACCAAAUCAAACUGGUGACUGAAAUGAGUCAUCUGUUUUUAAAGAAGUCUUUAAAAUCAGAACUUCAAAAAACUGGUUUUGAUCCAAACACUGUGACCGAACUAAUUGACAAUACGUUUCGAGCUGACCCAAUUUACAACAUUCAUCACAAGGCACAUGAUAGUGAGCAGCUUGGGACAGAACAUCUUCGGAUGAAGUUCUGGAAAGAGCAUUAUCCGUUUGUCGAACCUAAGGAAAUUUAUCUUGGAAGGGAUGAGAAUGGCAAGAAGAAGUUUGCUCAUCAUGUUUCUAUCAGAGAGUCAAUCGAGGUCAUGUUGAGAGACCCCAAAGUAAAGCAGAUGGUUCGGGAUUCAUUCCAAAGGAAACCAUGCUCAGAUGUUCUAGCAGAUAUUACUGAUGGUUCUGCCUAUACUGAACACAUGAAGCAGCAUUCCAAUGGUAAAUGUAUAUUCAUAAAUCUCUUUCAAGAUGGUUUUGACUACAGUGCCUUUGGACCAAGUCAAGGUGUUUAUAAACCAAUUGGUUUUUAUUUUUCACUUGGUAAUUUAAAACCUGAAUACAGAACCAAGCUAGACUUAAUACAAAUGGUUUAUAUGAUUUUAGAAAAACACUUAAGACCAUCUCAGAGAGAGGAGUUGGAUGAUGUGGACAAGCUAAAAGAAGCAGUUCUUCCAUUAGUAAGUGAGCUAGAAGAUUUAAAAAUUAAUGGAAUUCUCUUUGAUGGCGAGAAUAUCCCUGUUUGUUUGCUGUUUGGUCAAGGGGACAAUGCGGGGCAGCACAUUUUUGGAGGAUUUGUUGGAAGUUUUUCCUGUCAACACUGUUGCAGGUUUUGUCCCAUCUCCUUGAAUGAAUUUCGUGCAAAGCCAACUCUUACUAAACCCUUUAGAUCUCCUGAAGAAUAUGAUUCUGCUGUUCAAGUAGCCAAAACAUUGUGGCAUGCUGAACGAGACAAAUGUUUAGAAUCUAUUCAAAGAAAGAAAGAAAGAGCUCAGCAUCAAAAUCUACUGGAUAGAGUCCGUGCUCCUGGCACCAGAAACACUGUCAAGAAUCUGUUGUCCAAAAGUGCCUUUACCAAGCUGCGAGGUAUCCAUUACCAAGGUGUGAAGUACAGACCUUCGCCACUGAAUUCAGAGAAACUCGGUUUUCAUGUUUGUCAGGGCCCAUCACUAAGUGUUUGUUGUGCCCAUGACCUGUUGGAAGGAAUAGGAAAAAACAUGAUUCCUAUAAUACUGAAGCACUGCAUUGACAAGGGAUGGUUUGACUUCGCAACUUUAAACAGGAGAAUUAGAAAUUUUCCUUAUGAAGGAUCAGAUUCGGCCGACACUCCCACACCAUUGAAAACUUUGAAGGCCUUAGGUGGCAAUGCAUGUGAAAACUGGACCCUGAUUCGUCUGCUUCCUUUACUCAUUGGAGACUUGAUUGUAGACAAAGAAGAUGAAAUGUGGCAGUUGUAUUUGAAAUUCAAAGGAAUUGUUGAGUUUGUCUUUGCACCAAAAAUUACAGUGAGCCAAGUUCUCUAUUUAAGGUCUAUAAUCAAUGAAUUUCUGACAUCAGUUCAGCAGCUGCUCCCUCAAUGCCUGUGGCCAAAAGCACAUCUUUUGUCUCAUUAUCCUGACUUAAUCUUAGUCUUUGGUCCCCUCAUAAGGCUUUUUACCUUAAGAUUUGAAAGCAAACAUGUUUUCUUUAAAAAUGUUGCUAAAGCUUGCCGAAACCAUAUAAAUUUUACUUACACUCUGGCCAGGAAGUAUAUGUGCCGCUUUGCAUACAACAAUUCUUCAAAUCUAAUUCAAGAAGAUGUUAUUUACCAACCUAAUCAUUCCUCACCAGUAAUACAAUCAAGCAUUUCUGAAGAAAGAAGAUCGGUCAUUCCUACUGAAUUUUUAUCUGAUGACCUGCUUACUGAACUGACCCAAGUGUCAGGGAAGGGAAUCACAUAUAGAGUUGGUGACUAUAUGGUGCUGGAUUCUCCUAACCAAUGUGACUUAGAAGUUGGUUUAAUUGACAUGAUAUUUCUGAAGAAAUCCACUGAUGAUAUCUACUUACUUAUGGCUGUUAAACCUGCAGAAAACACUUUUCAGGGGGUCUUCAAAAUCAUUAUGCCUGCAACAUCUUAUCGGUUUUCUUCUUUGGAGAGCCUCCCAGACUAUUACCCACUUCCCAGUUAUUUAGUAGGUGGACAGAACUUCAUCAGCUUAAAGCAUUCAAUGAUCAAAAUGUAAUAAAAAUUUAGGAUUUUUAAAUGUUCCCUCAACUAUUUUUAACAUUGGAAGUUACCAAUUUUUAACUUGCAACUGUUAUCAGUGUAGAAGUGAUUAAUUUUAUUUAUUUUGUCAACUAUUUUUAAUAUUGGAAGUUACUAAUUUUUAACUUUGACAAGUUUUUACUAGAAAUUAUCAUUUUGAUCUCAUUACAUUCAUAUGUGAACUCAGAGUAUUUAUGAGUACCUUGAAAACUGUUAUUGUCUAAACAAAACAUUGUGAUAUUUGCAAACUUGAGUUCAAUAAUAUAUAACAGUUGAAUCGUUUCCCUCACUUGCAUACUUUCUUUCAAAUCACUUUAAUAACUCAACAAAACGAAAAGAGCAAC